GUGAAUCCUAUUCUAACGGUAUAUUUCGCGGAACACCACACGAACCCAUCCUAUAGGAAAUAUGACUUCUUCAAACUCCGACCAGCGGCUGGACCACCUUCUGAGCGUGGUGGAGAGCGAGUUUCAGAAGGGGAGCGAGAAAGGAGACGCAUCGGAGAGGGAUAUUAAACUGGGACUAGAAGACGCAGAAUUAUGGACCAAGUUUAAAGAACUAACCAACGAAAUGAUCGUCACCAAGACUGGCAGGCGGAUGUUUCCAGUGCUCAGAGCGAAUGUGAGCGGCUUGGACCCCAACGCCAUGUACUCAGUCCUAUUGGACUUCGUGGCUGCAGACAACAACCGGUGGAAGUACGUAAAUGGCGAGUGGGUUCCCGGUGGCAAGCCCGAGCCACAGAGCCCUAGCUGCGUCUACAUCCACCCAGACUCGCCUAACUUCGGAGCACACUGGAUGAAAGCGCCUGUCUCAUUCAGCAAAGUCAAACUGUCCAAUAAACUCAACGGGGGAGGACAGAUCAUGCUGAACUCUCUGCACAAGUAUGAGCCCAGGAUACACAUUGUGAAGGUUGGAGGGCUCCAGAAGAUGAUCAGUAGCCAGUCUUUCCCCGAGACUCAGUUCAUCGCUGUCACUGCUUACCAGAACGAAGAGAUAACUGCGUUGAAGAUCAAACACAAUCCAUUCGCCAAAGCUUUCCUUGACGCCAAAGAGAGGAGCGACCAUAAAGACAUUCCAGACCAUGGUGGAGACAGUCAACAGUCUGGUUAUUCCCAACUUGGUGGUUGGUUCCUACCUGGUAACGGCCCUAUGUGCUCCAGCAGCAGCCCCCCUCCGUUCAGCGGGGCCCCUGGCCCCUCCUCAGGGUCUUAUUGUGAGAGGUACUCCAGCCUGAGGGGCCACAGGGCCGCCCCCUACCCCAGCCACUACCCACACCGCUCCUCCAGCUCAAACAACUACAUGGACAACUCGUCGGGUGUCCUGCCCACCCAUGACAGCUGGUCAGCCCUUCAGAUCCCAAACUCCUCUGGGAUGGGAACCCUGGCCCAUACAACCAACUCCACAUCCAACUCCAGCCAGUAUCCUAGCCUGUGGUCUGUUGCCGGGACAACCCUAACUCCUUCUGGCUCCUCCUCUGGUUCCAUUGCUGGCGGUCUGACCAGCCAGUUCCUGCGAGGCUCCUCCUACACUGGCCUGACCUCCUCCCUGCCCGUUUCCUCACCAUCCUCCAUGUACGACCCCAGCCUCAGUGAGGUGGGUGUAGGCGUGGGCGAGGCCCAGUUCGAAAGCUCCAUCGCCAGGCUCACCGCCUCCUGGGCACCUGUGGCUCAGAGCUACUGAGCACAAUGCAUCUUCCAUCAGACAUUGACUCUCCUCAAGCACCAUCCUGCCCCACAUCACCUCCCUCUCCUCUCUACUGCCUGACGAUCACCUAGGAAACCUUUGGGUUGAUGCAUUACAUGUGGACAGCAACACCUGUGAAAGGCAGAGAGUCAGCUCAGAAGAAGAUCUAUCUGAAGCAGAGAGAUGUAGGGUCCUCUCAGGCCUUGUGUUUUACCAACAUGAAAUGGUUGGUUUCUCCAUUCCAAAGACCCUAGAUUUUCUAAACCAAAGUCCAUAGGUUGCCAUUCUUAAGUUACACACUUGCUGUCUUAGUGGAAGAGGCAUGUGUUUUCCAUUGGGAGUUUACUUCACUCUGUCCAAGGUGCAAUUACAAGCCAAAGACAAUCUGACAAUACUUCCUCCACAAUCGUUCCAGUUGCUGGUGUGUUACUGUAGUCGUGUCCAUCAGUACAGACACAGGACUCAAAGACAAUCGUACACUGGCGUAAGACAAUCAGGAUCACUAGCUACCCAAAGCUAAGUUUAUGAAGUAACCCCCUCAACUUUACUAAAGGGGCCAAUCCUUACAGUGGCUUGCAAAAGUAUUCACCGCCUUGGCAUUUUUCCUAUUUUGUUGCCUUACAUCCUGGAAUUGAAAUUGAUUUUAUGGUGGGUUGUAUCAUUUGAUUCACACAACAUGCCAACCACUUUGAAGAUGCAAUUGUAUUUAUUUAUUGAAAGAAAUAAGACAAAAAAACAGAAAACUUGAGCGUGCAUAACUAUUCACCCCCCCAAAGUCAAUACUUUGUAGAGACAGCUUUUUCAGCAAUUACAGCUGCAAGUCUCUUGGGGUAUGUCUCUAUAAGCUUGGCACAUCUAGUCACUGGGAUUGUCCAUUCUUCAAGGCAAAACUGCUCCAGCUCCUUCAAGUUGAAUGGGUUCCUGCUGGUGUACAGCAAUCUUUAAGUCAUACCACAGAUUCUCAAUUGGCCAUUCCAAGACAUUUAAAUGUUUCCCCUUAACACAACCAAUUAUUGCUUUAGCAGUAUGCUUAGGGUCAUUGUCUUGCUGGAAGGUGAACCUCGUCCCAGUCUCUAAUCUCUGGAAGACUUCUGACCAGUUUCCCAGUCCCUGCUGAUGAAAAACAUCCCAAAAGCAUGAUGCUGCCACCACCAUGCUUCACUGUGGGGAUGGUGUUCUCGGGGUGAUGGGAGGUGUUGGGUUUGCGCCAGACAUAGCGUUUCCUUGAUGGCCAAAAAGCAAAAUUCUCAUCUCAUCUGACCAGAGUAGCUUCUUCCACAGGUUUGGGGAGUUUCCCACAUGUCUUUUGGCGAACACCAAACAUGUUUGCUUAUUUUAUUCUUUAAGCAAUGGCUUUUUUCUGCCCACUUUUCCCAUAAAGCCCAGCUCUGUGGAGUGAACAGCUUAAAGCGGUCCUAAGGACAGAUACUGUGGAGCUUUGCAGAUCCUUCAGGGUUAUCUUUGGUCUCUUUGUUGCCUCUGAUUUUUGCCUCCUUGCCUGGUCCGUGAAUUUUGGUGGGCGGCCCUCUCUUGGCAGGUUUGUUGUGGUGCCAUAUUCUUUCAAUUUUUUAAUUCUGGAUUUAAUGGUGCUCCGUGGGAUGUUCAAAGUUUCAGAUAUUUUUUUAUAACUUAACCCUGAUCUGUACUUCCCCACAACUUUGUCCCUGACCUGUUUGGGGAGCUCCUUGGUCUUCAUGGUGCCGCUUGCUUGGUGGUGCCUCUUGCUUAGUGGUAUUGCAGACUCUGGGGCCUUUCAGAACAGGUGUAUAUAUACUGAGAUCAUGUGACAGAUCAUGUGACACUUAGAUUACACACAGGUGGACCUUAUUUGACUAAUUAGGUGACUUGUGAAGGUAAUUGGUUGCACCAGAUGUUAUUUAGGGCUUCAUAGCAAAGGGGGUGAAUACAUAUGCACACACCACUUUCUGUUUUUUAUUUUUGAGAUUUUUUUUAAACAACUACUUUUUUUCAUUUCACUUCACCAAUUUGGACUAUUUUGUGUAUGUCCAUUACAUGAAAUCCAAAUAAAAAUCUUAUUUAAAUUACAGGUUGCCAGAAAACAAGAAAAACGCCAAGGGGGAUGAAUACUUUUGCAAGGCACUGUAUGUUUGACUGUUUAUUGUUACAAUUAGUGUUAUUAUUAUGAUACAGAUAAAUAAAAUUAAAUAAUAUUGGUGAUCUAACAUUAAAAAAUGUAUAUGUGUGUAUAUAUAAUAUACUGAACAAAAAUAUAAAUGCAACAUGUAACAAUUUCAACGAUUUUACUGAGUCACAUUUCAUCGGAGGAAAUCAGUCAAUUGAAAUCAAUUCAAUAGGCCAUAAUCUAUGAAUUUCACAUGACUUGGCAGGGGCGCCAAUCAGAAUGAGUUUUUCUCCACAAAAAGUCUUUAAUACAGAUAGAAAUACCCCUCAGUUUCAUCAGCUGUCCAGGUGGCUGGUCUCAGACGAUCCUGCAGGUGAAGAAGCCGGAAGUGGAGGCCCUGGACUGGUGUGGUUCCUUGUAGUCUGUAUUUGUGAGGCCGGUUGGAUGUACUGCCAAAUUCUCUAAAACGACAUUGGAGGCGGCUUAUGGUAGAUAUGUGAACAUUCAAUUCUCUGGCCACAGCUCUGGUGGAGAAUCCUGCAGUCAGCAUGCCAAUUGCCCGCUCCAUCAAGACAUCUGUGGCGAUGUGUUGUUUGACAAAACUGCACAUUUUAGAGUGGCCUUUAAUUGUCCCCAGCACAUGGUGCACCUGUGUAAUGAUCAUGCUGUUUAAUCAGCUUCUUGAUAUGCAACACCUGUCAGGUGGAAGGAUUAUCCUUGUGCACAACAUUUGACAGAAAUCAUCUUUUUGUGCGUAUGGAACAUUUCUGGGAUUUUUAAAUAGAGCUCAUGAAACAUGGGACCAACACUUUACAUAUUGCAUUCAUAUUUUUGUUAAGUAUAAAUUAACGUCCAUUUUCAUUCUUAGCCAUUUACAUGUAACUGUUUUGGAUCCAGUGUCAGUGUGUUGCUUUUCGUGGCCUGAAGGAAAAUGAGAAAAGAAAGAAAGUUCCCUGUAUCGUCCCACAGCAGCCAAGGAGAAAGAACAGAUAUAUCUCCUCCUUUGCUCUGUGUACA